UCGAAAAAUUUUGUAUGAAAAAUUAAACAGCGCCCCCUAGGGCGGCUAUAAUAUAGGGGGCGCUGUUUAAUUUUUCAUACAAAAUUUUUCGAUGACACUUUGAAUACGCAACGAAACGAACUCGAAAGUUUUUCCUACUAGAGGUACUGGAAAUUAAAAAAAAUGGAACUACAAUAACAUAAAAUAUGAGGAAAUUCCAAUUUAAAAACAUAAUCGCAGAAAUCAAUGACUUUGUUCUGGUUUCUAAUGCUGAUGCUGCGGAACCAGAUACCGAAGAAGGAUGUGAUGCAGCUCGCAUACUCUCUCUAUACGAAGACUCUUCAAAUAAACAUGAUCCCUUCCGAGCUAAAGUACAGUGGUAUUCCAAGCCAGCUGACUUGCCUAACUCAUGCUUAAAUAAGAUGGACCCUAUUAGUUUUUUGGAAAAAGAAGUAAUUGAAGAUCACCGCCCCUUCGACACUCAUGUAUCAAUUGAAACAUUCUUCAAAAAAUGUGCAAUCACACUAACAUUUACAAAAGAUACAGAUAUUAAUGUCACUAAAAAUCCAUAUCACUACAUAUGCCGAUAUAGGUUAAUGGCUAUGGGUAAACGGAAAGUUUACAUCGAACCAGUGAUGGAAGAAGAACGAAAAGCUAUCGAACUCCUUUGCACUCCGAUGAAAGCGGUUUCCACUCCUAACAGGACACCCAAAACACCCAGUAGCUUAGUAAAACGAAUGAGCAGAGUUUCUAUACAAGAGCAAAAAAACUGGAGUGUAUCAAAAAAUGAUGGAACUAAACUGCUGCUUAAAAGGGCAAUUUUAGCUGAUAAAACAGAAAAGGACUCCCCUAAGAAGACUCCAAAACCUACUCCCGUUCACACUCCUACAGAUACACCAAGAAGUUCCAAAAAAUUAACCAAUUAUAACAUUGAAGAAGCAUUGUCCAUGGAAUUGAGAGAAAAUUCUGAUGAUGAAUUACCAACGUUAAUCAUAAGACAACAUGUGCCGAUAACACCAAAACGCAAGCCAUCCAUUUCGAAAAAUACUGAUGAAACUCCAAAAAAAGUCUUAGUCUUUGAGGAAGAUGAAAAAGAAAAAUACGCUACUCGUUCUGGCCGUGUUAUAAAAAAUCCAAUUAGUUACAUUGAAGAGGAAUUAUCGCCAGUGAAGAGAACACCAAGAGCUAAAAGUGCUAUUAAUCAUAUGGAAGAAGACACUACUCCUGUUAAAAGGACACCAAGAGCUGCAUCAGCUAGAGCUAAGAGCCAAAUUCAUUACAUGGAAGAGGACUCUUCUCCAGUGAAACAAACUCCAAGGAAAUCUGUACGUAAACUGGUUGAUCAAGACGAUGAUGAUUUCAAACCUAUUCCUAAAACGCCUAGGACACCAAGAACUCCUAGGGCUUCUAAAGCCACACCUGCUAAGACGCCCAAAAGAAGUGUUACCAGAAGGAUCAUGACUAGUGAACUGACACCCUCUUUGCAUCCUCGAGCACACUCAAUUGAAACUCUUGAUGAUUACAUGAAAGAUAACAAAUCAUUGCCCGGGCGAGAAAACCAAUUGGAUGAAAUAUUGUCCUUUGUGAGGAACAAAUUGCUUGAUGGCACUAGUGGAUGCAUGUACAUAUCAGGAGUCCCUGGUACAGGAAAAACAGCCACAGUAUGUUCAGCUCUAAAGAUCCUGAAGGAUGAAGAUGAUCUGCCAGAUUUCCAGCUUGUUGAAGUGAAUGGGAUGAGAAUUGCUGAACCAAGGCAGGCUUAUGUGCAGAUUUAUAAGCAACUAACUGGCAAAACAGUGGUAUGGGAGCAAGCAUGUUCACUGCUAGAAAAACGCUUCACAAAUCCUGGCCCUAGGAGAACACCCACAGUUUUGCUGGUUGAUGAGCUGGAUGCGCUCUGCACACGGCGCCAAGACGUUCUCUACAGCAUAAUGGAGUGGGCGGCGCACUCAUCAGCACUUCUUACUGUGUUAGCCGUCGCCAAUACUAUGGAUCUACCUGAGCGGGCGCUAGCGGCCCGAGUGGCUUCAAGACUCGGGCUCACAAGACUUAGCUUCGCGCCCUACACUCAUGCGCAGCUACAGGCUAUUGUGGCUUCGAGAUUGAGCGGCGCUAACGUUACAGCGGACGCUGUGCAGCUUAUUGCCAGAAAAGUAGCAGCAGUAUCAGGCGACGCGCGCCGAGCGUUGGCCCUAUGCGGGCGCGCACUAGAGCUGGCCGGGUCCAGCACCGCAGGCCUAGCUCAAGUACAGCGAGCUUUAGAAGAGGCCGCGUCGGGCGCCGCCGUUCGCGCCGUCCGCAACUGCUGUCCCGCCGAGCGGCUUAUGCUGCGAGCUGUCGCCGCAGAGGUGGAGCGCACAGGCACAGACGAGACGACGCUCUCCCGCGCGCUCAGCACAGCUGCCGCCAUCGUAGCGCUCGACGGCCGCCCCUACCGCUCCGCCAAAGCCAUUCGGGCGCCUACGCCGGCCCAAGCGCACGCUAUAUGCGCGCGGCUCUCUGCUGCCAAGUUACUGCUAUUGGAACCUAAGCCAUCAGAACCGAGGCUACUUUUAAACGUCAGCCCAGAUGAUGUGCAUUACGCUACUAGACAAAUCACUGUAUAGUUUAAUUAAUUGCGAAAAUCUGUUCCCUUACAAAUCAGCACACAAUUAUGCCACGUAUUUUUGAAGAAAUCAAUAACUAAAAAGGAUAAGAAUUAAAAUAAAAACUUGAGAGUGUCGUUAAUCUAUUUAUUCAAUAUGAACUUAUACAGUGAUGUUGAUCUC